AUGUCCACCACCAGCGCUCAAGCCACCGCGGUGGUAACAGGGUCCUUUCUCUCCGGAGCAAUGAUGUCGCUCUCCCUCAUGGCUGUUCCCGUCCUCUUGGACACUACCACUGAGGCGCCCCAGCUCUUCUUCCAGUGGACGCCCAUGGGGCGUGUUCGCGCUGGCGGGCAUGACGACAGUGAGUAUGCUGCCGUUUACGUGGAUUUUCAUGGUGCCUACGAACAACGAACUGUUUCGGUUGGAGGCAGCGAGCAAGGCGGAGCCGUUGGUGAUGGGGAUUUUGGGAGCCAAGGAGCUGGUGGUGAAGUGGAGUUGGUUGCAUUUUACAAGGUCGCUGUUGCCGCUGACGGGGGCGGUUUUGGAUCAACAGUCCUUCAUGCCAUCCACCACUUCCCCAUCCCUGAUAAACUCCGUAAUCCACCCGAUUGUCAUCAUGCUCUUUUUGGUAUCUGCAAACUUCUCAUGGUCUCCCACCAGAUGCUGCUUGUACCACGGAUCCUCCUUCAUCUUCUUGUAAUCAUCGACGCUUUUAAACACGACCUGGCUGAAGCAGUCGAAGUCGGCCAGGUUGGCCAUCUGGUGGUCAAAGAGCUUGUUCAUAAGGGCGCGGGUCUCGAUUGUGUUGUGGAUCUUUUCAAUCAGCUCCUGCACAGGAACAACGGGUCAGUGGGAGCGGAAAAAGGCUCACCAUAG